CAGGACUGCACGCGAAGAAUGCCUCUCGGAAAGGAGUCGCUCGCUUCUUGCGCUGCGUUCUCUGCAAACCCUAACACUGAAGCAGUGACACGAAGGGGCGGCCCAGCGUACGAUCAGGGCACAUAUGUAGUUUGACCUGUAGACUUUCCCUUGGAGACAGCGGGCAGCACGCAUAGCAUACAAGGAGGAAGGCUGCAUCUCCCUUUUGAGCUUUUGAUCCAUGCUGGUGGUCUCUGUCCGCUGAUCUAAUCUUCGGCGGUUGUCUGGCUACAUACAAUGUGGAGCUCAAUUGCAAAGUUGAAGGACAACUUUGCCGCAAUUGCAAAUGAUGUGCUUGAUACUGCGGACGAGCUAGAGAAUGAUGAGGAGGUCAAGAGCCCGGAUGGGUAUAGAGGACACCACGAAGAGCGGGGCGGUGCAGAUGGACCGGCAGAUCUUGAGCUACAUGAGGAUGUCGAUCUAAACGACCGCUCCCAGGCAGACGUUGAAGCCGAGCUCCGAUGGUACAAGGCUGAGGUGGAGCGCCUGUCUGCAAAUGACUCCGACAUUCAAGCUCUGUCAACAAACUACUCCAGCCUGCUCCGUGAGCGGGAGUUGGACAUUCAGCGCUUACAAGAACAGAACAAGAAGCUCGAUGACGAGUUGCAGGUUACGCGGCAGGAGCGAGUUUCACAAGAAGAAUCCAAGAGGUUGCAAGACAGAAUCAAGGCUAUCAGUGAGGAGUUGCAGCGAGCUGCUGAUGCAAGUCAGGAGCAACUGGCCUCUCUGCAAGACCACCACCGGCAGCAGACGAGCGCUCUUCUGCUGAAGCACAAGAAGGAGUUGGAGGAAGCGCGGGCAGAAGCCUCGGUUUCUGCAAACGGGCACGAUUCCAAUGGUUUCGUAUCUACAGAGGAUUUGCAGGCGAGGGUCCAGGAGGCUUUGCUCAGGGCACAGGAUGCAGAGAAGGCCCUACAGCGGGCGCAAGAGAAGGAGAAGGACCUCACAAAGCAGUUGGCGGAGAAAGGAAAAGCGAAUGAGCAGGUCCAGGCCUCGCUUGGACAAAGAGAAGCUGAAUUGACCAAAGUGAAGGCUGUCCUUGCAAAUCAGGAAGCGGCUCAAAACGAGGCUCAGCAGCAACUCAAGAAGAAAGAGGACGAGACCAUUGAUGCCAAUGAACGAGCGAGCCAGCUUCAAACGGAACGAGAUCAGCUUCUUACAGAAAUGCGACGUCGGCAAUCGGCGCAGGAAGAGGCGGAAACAGCUGCAACGAUGCUGAGGGAGCAGAUCCAGGAGGCGCUUGCGCAAAAAGAAAGUCUGACUGGCCAGCUUACGGCACUAAGAUCGGAGUUGGACACGUCAUCACAAGCGGGACAGAAAGAGGCGGAGGACCUGCGCGAGCGCAUUUCACGGGUCGAGCGAGAGUCGGCUGCCUCAAGAUCAGCAGACGCGCAGGCGCACGAGAGAGAAAAGGCGGAGAUCAGGUACGACUACGAGAAGAGGGUAAGCGAGUUGCGGGGCACGAUCGAGCAGCAGGAAGAGACACUACGGACGUUGCGAAGACAGCAAGAGGAGGGGGGCGAGCCGAGCACGGAGGCGGCAGCAAGGGAGGAGGAGCUAACGAGGAUGAAGCAAGAGGUCGGCAUCCUGCAAGAACGUCUGCGGAGCUCCGAGGAGGCGACAAGCCGGCAAAGCGAGGAGCACCAGAAAGAGCUGGCCCGGACAGUGGAAGAGAAGGACAAGGCUAAGCGGGAUCUGGCCCGGUUGAAGCAGCAUCUCCUCGAAAAGGCGGAGGAAGAGUCCGAGAAGAUGUCAGAGGACAGCACGCGGAUUGCGGACCUGGAGGCGCGUUGUGUGGGCCUGGAGGCGCAGCGAAAAGCGCUGGAGGAGCGCCUGGCAGCAACUAGAGCGGAGCUCGAAAAGGAGCGGGCGACGUCCACGCAGGGCGUACAGGCGACCGCAGACGAGGUCGAGCGCUUGAGGGGCGAGCUAGAUGAGGCCCUCGCGAGCUUGUCGAGCAAGGACAUGGAACUGGUGAAUCUAAACAGCGCGCUCGGGCAGUACUACGCAGAGACUGAGGCCAAGGAGCGGUUGCAAGGAGAGUUCCACCAGGCGCGGGAGGAGCUCAGCAGGCUUGCGGUUGAACUGGAGGCUUCAAGAAAAGCAAUCUCCGCAAAAGAGGCCGAGAAGCAGAGCGCAGCGGAGAAGGUGGCGGCUGUCGAGGCGCGGGUGGUCGCCGCGGAGCGCGGCAAGGCGAAGCUGCAGGACGAGAUCGACCGGCUGCGCAAGGCGCUGGAGCAGAGCAUGACUCGGAUACACAGGAUGUCGUCCGACUCGGACCAGUACGUCGACAGGAGGAUCGUUAUCAAGCUCCUCGUCACGUACUUCGAGAAGCGGCAUAGUGCCGAGGCUCUUGACCUCAUGGCCCGCAUUCUGGGCUUCACCGAAGAGGACAAGAAGCGGGUCGGGUUGGCCCAACUCGGGCGCCGGGGAGUGGUCUCCGGGGUGUUGGGCGCACCGGGCCGCAUUGUCGGCGCCGUGUUUGGGGGCGCCAGCGCGCCGUCGUCGCCACGGGCCUCCGUCAGCGACCGGGAUCCGUCGUCCGCCACAUUCACCGACUUGUGGAUCGACUUCCUUCUCAAAGAGGCCCAGCAACAAGAGGAGCAACGGCGGAUCGAUGAAAGAGCGGCCGAGGAGAGGAAUGCCCUGGCGGCAAUGUCAGAGGAGCAGUUUACGUUGCCUCGAUCGCGAUCAUCAUUGUCGCCCCAGUCCUCCGCGUCCGUUGCUAACCUUCCAGGCGUUUACAAUCCGAAUACGUACUCGAGUCAAGUGUCUAGCCCGACCGGGGGUGCUUUGCCGGGGGUGUUUUAUGCGAAUGCGCUGUCCCCAAAGCAGUCCGCAGUGUCGACGGGUUCAGAUCGGCGGAGAUCGAGUCUCUUGGAUGCCGAUGGGCUUGCACUGCCGAGCCCAAGGGCUAGUGGGCUCCAAAGCGGUAGUGGAGAGUUCUCGUCCGUACCCCUCAAUACAAACACAGGUGAAAAGUAAGAUAUAGAAUUCAUAUAACCUUUUAGCUGAAUCGAUGAUUUGGAAUUUCUGAGCUAUGCGGUUGAUACAGGAUGUUUCCGACGAUGUCAUGGUCUGCUU